CUAUAAAUGUAAUAACAACAUUGGCAGCUAACCUCAAAGCUGCCUCGAAGAAGCAGAGAAUGAGCGAAGCCUGAAAUUUCAAGCUCGGCAAAGAUGAACAACAACGAGAAUUCGACGUGUGGCGAGCUGCAACAGCUGGUGCAACAAGAGGAAGAGAGUGAGGAACCAUCGAGUAGAGGCGUCGACGCAACCCCGCCUUCUACGCCCACCAAAUCGAAUCGACCGUCCAAGACUGAAAUGCACACUUCGCAUGCACUGCAACAAGUAAUGUGGGAGAGUAACGCACAAGCUUCGUCUGUAAUAAGCAAAGAAUCGUCCAGCCAAGCGACAACCAGUCAAGGUUCAACGUCCGGAAAAGCAGCAGCCAAUUCUUCCUCCUACACUACUGGACAACAGUCUCGUUUGAUCUACCUGAAUGAGAAAAAACCGACGCGUCCAGAGAUCCCAAGAGUCAAUAAGCAACCGAAAGUUGUGGCACCAUGCAAGCAUCAUUCAUUUUUAUCAGAGGUACCGGACGUCAGGCACAUGGAACAAGCGUUGCUGCAAUUGCUCGAGGACUUCCACAGUGGGAAUCUGCGUGCGUUUGGAAAGGACUGUAGCAUGGAGCAAAUGACUGAAAUCCGAGAACAGCAGGAGAAGCUGGCGAGGUUGCACUUUGAAAUGGGCCAACGGCAAGAUAUCCACGGCACUGAGCAGUCAGGCUUCAGGCAAUCCAGCGCCAACAUGCAUAAUCUCCUUCAGCGCCUCGAGCAGCUCAGUGUUUGCAUUGAAAAGUUACACAGCAAAUGAAAUGUGAUACUUUUAUUUACAUAGACUAAUAAUAAUAAAUAUCCAUAACGAUUAACGUA